GUGCCGGAAUCAUGGGCGGCGGGUCGAAUUCCUCUGUGAGGGUUGAAUGGAUUGUAGCAGUCUCAUUUGCUGCUGGAGCAGCAGCCGUUGGGUAUCUUGCUUACAAAAAAUUUCUCAGCAAGGACCGCUGCUGUAGUUCGAUGGUCAACCUGCAUAUCCAGAAAGAUAAUCCCAAGAUAGUUCAUGCAUUUGAUAUGGAAGACCUGGGGGAUAAAGCUGUGUACUGUCGCUGCUGGAGGUCUAAGAAGUUCCCAUUGUGUGAUGGGUCUCACACAAAGCACAACGAUGAAACAGGAGACAAUGUGGGGCCUCUGAUCAUCAAGAGAAAAGAUGCAUAAACACCCAACGAUUUGGACACCACGAAACAUGACCUUGUUGAAGCGCUUUAUGCCCACCUGUGAUUGAAGUAAACGGAGAUCUUAAGUCAUUUCACUGAAGAUUUUUUUUUUUAGAUGUGAUACACAGCAGAUCGCAGCAUACAUAGUGCCAUGCUGUUUGCCUUGCUUAAACACUACAGAAUGUUGGAGAUGAGUACCUGUGAUUUC